UGGUCAGUUCAUCAGUUGUCGUUGCGGGAAACGAAGAAAACGGAUAUACUACGGAAACAGAUACAAUUUUCACGGGGAAAAAAAUGCAGUUCAUCGGCGUUUCGAAGGUUACGUUCCUGGCAUGGGCCAGUCUCCUGUGCCUAAUGCCUGUUAGUAACCAGGCUAAGGGUGGAUUCCCUGCUCCACUGAAGCUCUGCAAGGUGGAGGACGAGACCUGCUUCGUGGCUCAGGCCCAGGCCUUCCUUAGAGCCUUCAAGCUGGGAAUCCCGGAACUGCAGGUGGCCAGCCUCGAACCACUCGAUUUGGGUACUGUGCGCGUGGAAAGUGGUGGCCACUCGGAGUCGGUGCAGUUCAAGCUGGUGAUGGCCCAAGCGAAGCUCCACAACCUGGCCGACACGGGCGUUGUGAAGAGCCUGAAGGGCUUCGUCAAAGACCCCAGUUUCAGCAAGCCCCUCAAGCUGGUCAUGGUCAUCGACGUCCCGGAGCUGGAGCUGCGCUCCAAGUACGACGUGAACGGCAAGCUGCUGAUCCUGCCCAUCGUUAGCAAGGGCGACGUGAGCAUCAAGAUGAAGGAGGUGCAGAUCAAGUCGCGCAUCACGGCCAUGCCAGUGAAGCGAAACGAUGGUCAUACGUAUCUCAGCAUCACCGACUACAAGGUGCUCACCAAGAUCAAGGGUGGCCACUUUAACAUGUCGAAUCUAUUUGACGAUAACGUGGAGCUGCGGGAGAGCACUUUGAAGGUGCUUAACCAAGAGUGGAACACCCUGGCCAUCGAUGUCCAGCCGAGGAUCAAUGAGGCCAGUGCCACAGCCUUCAAGUCCAUGCUGCAGCAUUUGUGGAACACCAUACCCUACGACUCGUUCUUCGAGAACCAGUAAACAGUGCAGUUUAUCAUGUACUCAAGAUUGUUAUAUUCUUGUAAUCAAUAUCUUUGAAUAAAACAAUAUAUUGCAUUUACUUA